AGAAAAAAAUGACGAAGUGUCAAAAUAAUGUCAUGUGUUAUAAACUAUAAUAAUUAUAUUUAAACUACGUAAAAUUUUAUAAUAUUCUAUGUUCUAUUAUUUAAUUAAAGUAUAAAGAAAUCAUUAAGGAUUCAAUAAUCAUGAAUAUUAUUAUAAAGCAGUUACAAGGAGGGGAAUGUAAUUUACAGGUGAAGCCAACAACAAAGAUAUUAGAUAUUAAACACCACAUUGCUAUGAAGCUGAAAAUACCUAUAGCAGAACAGAAACUCCUACUUUUAGGUCGAACUCUUGCAGAUGAUCAAAUCAUUGAAUCAUAUCCAUCAAUCAAAAAUGGCACUAAAUUAAAUCUAAUCGUAAAGAAGACUCAAGGACUUCUAGAAGUAUCUACAAAAUAUUUUAAAAAACAUGGCAUGACAGAAACAGAAGCCAGAAAUGCAGCAAAUCGCUUGUUAAAAGUUGUUGAGGAAAAAUUCAAUAAAUUAUCUUGGGAUGAUAUUGAGAGGUUAAGUCUUGAUUGUAUGCUAGAAGAAUGUGGACAUCCUCGCCCUGCCAUUGAACAGGAUCAAGAUACUGAAUGUGAAGAUGCAUUUGGAUUGUGACCAAACACUAAUCAAUUGUUGGAAUUGCUUAAUCGGCUACUAUAUAACUACAGAAUAUAGUGAUCCAAUAACUGUACAAUAUUUUGUGUUGUUCAUUUGUUUUUAAUAUCUAGCACAAAAUGUUUAAAUUCAUAUUUAAAUGAUUUGCUGGAUAGGAAGUUUUUAUAAUUGCAUUAUAUAUAUAAUUCAUAUAACCAAAGGAAAAUAUUUUUGGCUUUUCAGUUGAUAGUUGAAAUAAUUUAAACUUAUUAAUUAAUAAAUGAAUUCUUUAUUUAAAAAAA